AGACUUUGACAUCGCAAACGCUGUCGGUAAUGGUCAUUAACCCCGUAGCCCCGAGUAAGCGGGCUUAAAGGUAUAAAGGGUUGCGUCGCUCAUCCCGCUCGAUUACUCCGCUGAGAGAACUCGGCGCUAUGGAAGUGACACACUUGCUCGUCGUGUAUCUUCUGGUCGGUUCGAGCACGCUGUUAGUGCACGCCGAAAAGAACGCCGAAGUCAAGGGAGCCACCGAAGCACCGAUCAGCGAGGAUCAGCAGAAGGUGUACGAUGAAUGCCGGAAUCCGGACUACAAGAAAUACGUGAAGUGUUUAAUGAGACCGAAAAGGCAUCACGGUCAUCACACGAAUCACGGGGACGAGCCGUCGGCGGAAACUGAUGCCAUCAAUUGUCUCGAAACGUGUCUAAAAAAGUGCGACCAUCACUUGGAUCAUGAAUGCGAGAAAAAAUGUAGCCAUUGCACGAAGAGAACUAGGCACAGGCAUCAAAUCAUUACGGAAUACGAGACGGAAUGCGUAUCGGGAAACUGCAAUGUAGCCAAUGACGGUCUAAGAACUACUAAUAUAACGACGAAUAUCGGCAUUAACAAUGUCAUUAAUCCUUUCGUGAACGCUAAUUGUACUAUUCCAGGAAUUUGUCAAAAUAUUACUGGUCCAACUAUCGAAAGCUGCUGUCCGCCUGGUGGUCCCUGUCGCCCUGGUAGUGGCCCCUGCUACCAACCAGGGCAACCAGGACAACCAGGGCAACCAGGGCAACCAGGGCAACCAGGACAACUAGGGCAACCAGGGCAACCAGGGUAUCCAUGGUAUCCAUGGUAUCCAGGGUAUCCAGGGUAUCCAGGGUAUCCAGGGGUAGUGCCCCCUGGAUCUAUAUCAUCGCUCCCUAUAGUACCUCAAAUUUCGUUAGUGCCGCAAAUUACAUACGGAGUAGGAUUCGGAGCUGCGGGUGGGUGCGCGUACAAUCAGUGGCUUUGCAUUCAACAAACCGGGGUCCAGGUGCCACAGUUUGCAACUGUACAACCUGACUGCUCUGGAUGCGGCAAUCCUAUCUUGCGUUACAAAUGUGAUAUAAAUUGUUACGCAACUUACACAGCAGCAACUAAAACACCUUGUAAGACCCCGGAAUGCGUUGGUGGUACCACCUAAAAAUAUCUUGGAACUAUCGAAGGAAUGAGAAAUGUUUUAUUGAUCAUCCAUAUUGUUUAUAUUUAUACAAAAUAUAGCUUAUUAUAAAUGGUGGACUUCAUAAGAAAUUGUAGCCUUGAAAUAGCCCUAGAUCUACCAGAUUCCCUCGUAUUCUGUUUGCUGAAAUAAUCACCUAUAGUCAGAUUCUCAACGUUAACUUAUGAAGAUUAUGAACUUAUGAAUAAUAAAGAUAUUACUUUUCUCGUA